AUGCCAUCAGCCAUGAUGGUGUAUGUUCUGGUGGUGGUGUCUUAUUUCCUCAUCACUGGAGGGAUAACUUAUAAUGUUAUUGUUGAACCUCCAAGUGUCAGCUCUAUGACUGGUGAACAUGGGCAUAAAAGACUAGUAGCUUUCUUGGCCUAUAGAAUAAGUGGACAAUAUAUAAAGGAAGAAUUAGCAUCCAGCUUCCUGUUUACAGUAGGAGUUUUAGGCUUCAGAAUCCUAUACCAAUCCAAUGCAUCAAACAUUCCAAAACUCAAUAGAUUUCUUCUCUUCAUUGGAUUUGUCUGUAUCCUAUUGAGUUUUUUCAUGGCUAGAGUAUCAUGA